UUGCCAAUAAAAAAAUAAAAAAGUUUUAAGUAUCGAUCGAAUAUUUCAAUCGAUCUUCAAACUGUAGCGCAUGCUUGAGUGCUGACGACAUUAGAAAUUGAACCCGCCCAUUCCGUUCGUCGACCUCCUAGCGGAGCAAAUGAAAGGAGGCCCGCAUUUAAGGCUGUGCGGCUGGUGACUAGAGCAGCAACAUUUCUGCACCCCGGUUACACCACCCGCCUGUUGACAGUUGUUUCAGUACGCACAGACAGUGUAGUUCAGCAGUCUAACGUAUACAGCAGCUCUUAACUUAGUUUGUUAGUUGUAGUCACACGAUAUAUAGUAUGCCGAGUGGAGCUUUGAACGAGUUUGAGUGCACCGUCGAUGGAGCUGCCUGCAACCACCAAACACAUUUUCAACAGUCGGGAGACGUUUGCUGGAAAGUGCAACGGGAUUCGCGACUAGAGAGCCCUGUUCGUGUCACCGGUAGCGAUUUGACUACCAAUGGUAAUAACGAUCCAUCAACACAGCCGGUUAUUUCGCCCACCAAAGAGGAUGGAAUCGACAGUAGCAGCAGUCUCCGUGGCAACGUCAAAGGCAACAAAGAUGAAUUAGCCAAAAUAAAAGAAGGCUUCGAUGCUUGGUUAGCUGCUUUUCGGAAAUCGCGACCCCAUCGUGACGUCAUUUGGCGCGUUGGUGAACGAGCCAACUAUGUAAACACGCCCCAUGUCAUCGCCAUGUGUGGUCUUCCAGCUAGAGGCAAAACUUACAUCGCCAAAAAGCUUUCCAGAUACCUUAACUGGAUUGGGAUCAAUACAAAAGUCUUCAAUUUGGGAGAGUACCGUCGAAUGGCGACACCGUUGAAGAGCCACCAUUUCUUUAAACAGGAAAAUGUAGAGGCCAUGUCGGUCCGAGCUCAAUGCGCCCUGGAUGCUCUUGAAGAUGUUUGUAAAUGGCUGGAAGCUGGUGGAGAAGUCGGGGUCUUUGACGCCACCAACACAACGUUUGAACGUCGACAACUUAUCCGUGAAAUCAUUGUUGACCAAAUGGGCUACAAGCUCUUUUUUGUCGAAUCUGUUUGCGAUGACCCGGCCAUUAUAGAGUCCAACAUCCGCCAGGUCAAAAUUACCAGUCCAGACUACGCCAACAUGGAUAAAGAAGCCGCCGUCGAGGAUUUUUUACAACGUAUUGAUCACUAUCACGAUCAGUACCAAACUCUGGACGAAGUACAAGAGGACGGUCUUAGUUUUAUGAAAAUAUUCAAUACAGGCGAGAAAGUCUUGGUCCACAAGCACGAAGGUCACAUCCAGUCGCGUAUCGUCUAUUACCUCAUGAACAUUCACAUCACGCCGAGGACAAUUUAUCUGACUCGUCAUGGAGAGAGUGAGAACAACCUUAUCGGUCACAUUGGUGGCGAUUCGAGUUUGUCUCCUCGAGGACGUCAAUACGCCGCCGAAUUAGGACGUUUUAUCGAGGGCCAGAAAAUACCGCAUUUGCGUGUUUGGACAUCGUGGAUGAAGCGAACCAUCCAAACAGCUCGUGAUAUUGACGCCCCGCAAGAACGGUGGCGCGCACUCAAUGAACUCGAUGCGGGCAUUUGCGAGGAGUUGACUUACGAAGAAAUUUUGCAGAAAUAUCCUGAUGAUUUCAAAGCCCGGGAUACCAACAAGUUCCAUUAUCGAUAUCCCAGAGGAGAAUCAUAUGAAGACCUCGUUGCCAGGCUUGAACCUGUGAUUAUGGAACUGGAACGCCAAGAGAAUGUCAUUGUUGUUGGACACCAAGCUGUGCUUCGUUGCUUGCUAGCCUACUUUUUGGAUCACAGCGCUGAGGACCUACCUUAUAUACACGUCCCUCUGCACUCGGUCAUAAAACUCACUCCGAUGGCCUACGGUUGUAAGAUGGAAACUAUUCCAAUUCCCAUUGAAGCAGUUGAUACUCAUCGCCCGAAGCCACAAAUACCCGGGUACUUGGAGCAAAAGUUUCGCCGUCCUAACAACGUCACUCAAACUGCUGCUGCUGCUGUUGCUGACUGUCAGCCAAUCACCGCAGGAAGCUCUGACCAAUGAAAAGCUUUCAGAGUUUCAGUUAUAUAUUUUCAGAAUACUAGGCCAAUUUCCAUUCUAAACAACAAAAAAUUAAUAGGAUUUCAGAUCUGAUCGUUGGUGUGCAACGAAAGCGGAUUUCCCAUUCAUCGCUUUCUCUUCUUGCUAUGAAAUGAUAUAUAGUUCUUUCUAUUCUAAAGAGAAUAGUAUCUCACACUGUGUGUGGGGACUAGUUGUGACAACUGUUGUAAUUUGUCUUCAAUCCUUUCAAACCUCGCGGAUAUAUAUAUUUAUAUUUUUCGCUUUUAAAAAAUACUCUGAAAAAAUUUCUUUCAAUGAAUUCUUUCGAAAAAUUCUUUCGCACUCCCUAAAGACUCACUCAAAAGAUUCAGAUCUACAAGAGGCAACGGAUAUUUGAGGAAUUGGGUCGUGUUACAUUCUCGCCUACAUACGUUUGUCUUGUGAUCUCCUUUUUUCUCCUUUGGGUCAUGAGCUCCUUCCGGAGACGUCGUGUCACGAGAAAUGCCACUUUCUAUUAUAAAUAUAAAUCAUUUGAGCCGGCGAAA